CUUCAACCUCAACAUCGGUCGACGACUGGUCGACCUAUCUCCUGGAAAGACUCUGAACUCUAGUACCCGUGGGCUUCGCACUCUCCUUGAUGUCGCGACAUUCUUUUAGACUUCUCAUUCUUUUGUACUGUUUAACAUUGUGGUGUCUCGCAUCCCAGGCUCUUCCCUCGGACUCGGAGCUGUCUCGCGAUUCUGUCCUGACUCGCUCGGUCUCUCAAUGUCAACCCUUUCAGAGUAGCUUUGCUCCGGGCGACGUCUCAGGCAACUCGGGCGCCCCCUUCUUGGCUCUGAGUCCCUCUGGGUCCUACAGUACCGUCGGCCAUGAACUCCAACUCUAUUUGGAGAGACCGCAAGGGAAGGUCUCCACCGAAGACGGUGUCAACGACAAGCUCGGAGAGGGCGCGACUGUCAACUCUACAUUCACAUUCCUUUACGGGAGGGUCACCUUCACGAUUGCCGCGCCCGUUGUUCCUGGUGCGGUUACAGCUGCAAUACUGAUAGCGGACCAGGGAGAUGAAGUGGACGUUGAACUCCUCGGUGGCGACUCCUCACACUGGCAGACGAACGUGUACGCUCCGAACCCCAAGGACAAGGCACCACUCUGGGGCGUAUUUGGCGAGAUCGAGGACUACCCGGCCGACGGUGGCGUCCAGCAUUCUCACGACUACACCGUCGACUGGAACGCAGAACGCAUCGUUUGGAGUGUAGACGGUCAGCAGGUUCGGACGAUCACAAAGGCUGAGACUCAAAAGGAUGGUGCCCUGCACUUCCCGUCACACCCGACGCGCCUCUCGCUCGGCAUCUGGGAUGCAAGCUCCCCGGUCGGAACCGCUGACUGGGCGAAAGGUCCGAUCGACUGGUCGACUGCCCCCGAACGCAUUACCGCCGCGUUCACGAAGGUUGUGCUGGAAUGUCCGUACUAGACCGCGUCUAGUCUCGCUACCUCUGGCGACUCCGUGUUCUUGUUCCUCUGACGGUCUGGAAAUUCGUGCGUCGCGAUGAUGUUCUCCCUCCACAUCAUUACUGUCUCUCUGUAGGAUGUUCUUGUGUACAUUAUCUACCUGAGGCAACUAUAGCAGGUCCGAACACUUCGGUGUUCUGUUCUAUUCGAUGUUCGCUACGCAUAAGUUUCGCGUCAUAGGAGCCCAUGUUAUAUUUCCUCUUCUGGUAAUCUUCCGCUCUACAACCGACCCUACAAGGGGUGACCAGGUUCGCGUGCUGGGGCGACGUACGGACCGACGUACACGGUACCCGAGGUUUCUCAGACUAUUCCGACCGG